AGUCAGUUUCGUAAUUUUAAUUAAAAUAAUUGUUUUUUGGGACGCAAUGAUAUAGUAACCAAUUUGAAAAAAAUUGUUUCAUUGAGAAAAGUGUUUUCGAGUACAUUGUCUCAAAAAUGGCAGGCACAAGACGUGCACGUAAUCAGGUGAAUUCGCUGCCUAUGCCUCGUCAGAAUUCAGUGUCUGACAAUGGGCGAGCACGCCAGGGCCUGAGCUCAGAAGCUUUAGCCGCUAUGACUAAGGAACAGCUACGUGCAGAGUGUCGGAAAAGAGGUCAACGUGCAACGGGAAACAAAAACGAGCUGCUCGCCCGUCUCGGGUAUUACAAGCUGGCGGUCACUCCUCAACCUCAGGACAGCGAACAGCGCAUGCGCAACGGCUUGCACGCUCCACACCCGAAGGAGAUAAGGACUAAAACGAAUUCCUCAAUGGAGGCUGACAGUCUUGUGUUGUGGAGGCGGCCCCUCAUCACAUUGGAGUAUUUCUUCAGAGAACUUUUUAUAUUAAUAAACACAGGAUUGCAGAGAUUGAUUGCAUACAGAGUACUGGCGUUAACAAUAGCCGUGGCAAUAAUUGGUACUGCGAUUUCGUAUUAUAUCAGCGGCCCUCAUCAGCAGUACGUGCAUUUAGUUGUAGCCACUCUAGCAUGGUGGGGCUGGUGGGUAGUUCUAGGCGUUUGUAGUUCUGUGGGCCUCGGUACGGGCUUGCACACAUUCCUAUUGUAUUUGGGGCCGCACAUAGCGAGGGUUACACUCGCAGCGUAUGAAUGCGGAGGAUUGAACUUCCCGGAGCCACCUUAUCCUAAUGAUAUAAUUUGUCCGGCUGAGGUCGAUCCUAACUACGCGGUGUCGAUAUGGAAUAUAAUGGCGAAAGUUCGCGUCGAAUCUAUGAUGUGGGGCAUAGGCACCGCUCUAGGCGAACUGCCGCCGUACUUCAUGGCGAGGGCCGCUAGACUCUCAGGGGCCGGGGUCGCCGAACUCAACACCGACGAUGAUUCGAGGACCGGAAGGGCUAAAAUAAUGGUGCAGAAAUUAGUGCAGCGCGUAGGCUUUGCUGGUAUAUUGGCUUGCGCUUCGGUGCCUAACCCUCUCUUCGAUUUGGCCGGCCUGACCUGCGGACACUUCUUGGUGCCGUUUUGGACGUUCUUCGGAGCGACGGUCAUCGGGAAAGCGGUCAUAAAGAUGCACCUGCAGAAAAUGUUCGUCAUUAUCGCGUUCAACGAGACUUUGGUUGGGCAAGCGUUGUCUUGGGUCGAAAAAAUACCGUACAUCGGUCCGAAAUUAGAGGCUCCGCUUUUGGAAUUCUUGAGGAACCAGAAAGCGCGUCUUCACAAGAACGAUUCCACGCAGAUACCAGAAAAUCAGGGUUCGGUAUUAUCGAACAUUCUAGAAAAGUUCGUUCUGGCGAUGGUCGUUUACUUUAUUGUGUCGAUUGUGAACGCUUUGGCCCAAAACUACAGUAAGAGGGUCGGUAAGAAGAAGAGCAAGAAAAGAGAAUAGGGAUUGAAAAUGCCGGGCGACGUCGACAGACUUGCUCGGCAUAGACAAAAGAAAGGGAGAUCGCAUCGACGCCGGUAGUACACGUCCGUGCUUAGUGCAACGGCCGCGGUGAAAGUUAAACUAUUACUCUAUGUUCAAGACCAUAGACACUCAUGGCGUGGCGUUGUGGCGUUAUGACACGAACUUUGACAUUUAGUGACGACGACGAGUGUUGUUAAUACUGUUAUAUGGAGGGUAGAACUAAGAAGCGCCAUCUUGUUUAGGAGAUAAUUUGAAAAAGUGUUCAACUGUAAACAGCAAGUUAUUGUUUUGAAGACUCAAAGGAAUAGUACUAUAGUAGAAUUAUUUUGUCCGUGCAUUUCGGGUCAUAAAACAUAGCCCGGCUAGGGCGGUAAGCAUGUUGCGCGGGCGCAACGUCAUUAUCUAUAAAAACAAAUGAGUCAUCGAAGGCAGGUACACAGCGGCGGAGCGGUAUAUGAAGGGUAGUGAGACAUUGUUAUAUUAUUAUUAUUAUUUUUAAGAGAUUUUAUGACCUGGUAACUGAGACCUUUAAGUCAUGU